AUGAAUUUCUCACGGUUUUUAGACAUUCAGUCAUGGUGGGAAGUCCCAAGCAUUGCAUAUUUUUGUUCUUUAUUCAGGACUGCUUUCAAUCUUUUGGAUUUUGACAUCGAAGAAUUGGAGGAAGCACUCCUCACAGAUGGCACAGAAGAGUCUGCUAGUUCUCUUUUGACCGAAUUAAUAGUACGCCUCUUGAAUGGUUGUUUGGGCAACAAUGACAUCUCGGCUUUUAAUUAUCAGAUGUAUUUGAGGCGAUUGUUCAGGCAAAAAUGUCAGGAAACUGGACGCUACAACCCCUUCAAUACUGACAUUGAUUUUCAAUUCCUUCCUCUUCGAACUAAGGUUGAGAUAUUGUAUGCAUUAUGUGAUUUCCGGCUUGAUGCUGAGGAUGUGUAUGAUUUGUUCAAGAAUCUUGAGGCAGAAAGCUUACGAGUGGAACCACUAGGAUGGGAUGACAACGACUCCGCCUAUUGGUACUUUUAUGGCACAAGAUUAUAUAGGGAAGAUGUGUUAAAAAAGAAGGGAAAAAGUAAGAGAAGAAAAAAAGAGAGUCGGAAAAGAGGUUGGUUCUAUGGAGAUGAUUGGCUUGAUGACGAAGAGUCCGAACGAGUGUGGCAAGUGGUGUGCUUUACAGAGGAAGAUUGGACCCACUUGACAGAAAAGUUUAAAAAGGCCACCAGCAAGGUUGAAAGGGAACUCUACCGGUCCUUAUCACAGAACUUCCUGCCGGAAAUACCAAGACUAUUUCAAGAAAAGGAGCGCUUGCAAAGAAAAAGGUUACUAGAGCUUGCGCCGCGUCGUACAUCGAGCCGCGUCUUGCAGAAGAUCAAGCAGAAGGAGGAAGAGAUCAAGAACAGCGUAUAUGACUCUAAAGACGAGGAUAGUAAAGAAACACCCACAGCCGCACGCGAGAGCCGGGCUCGGCGGAGGGAGCGCUUGAGACGAUCAAAAUCAACAUCGUCAGAUUCUUCCUCGAACAGUUCAAGUGAUCAGGAAGAGAUGCCUCAAAAGGUAACUAGGAGGUCAAGGACAAAAGAAAAGAAAUCAAAGAACUCUUCAUCUACCCAUAAAGGAGAGCCUCCACCGGAGCCCGUCGUAAGAACUGGACGCAAAACGAACAAUUCACUGGCAGCUGCUACAGGGCAAAUAGUUAUACCAGACAAUGAUGAACCGGUUAAUAGCACCCGAAAAAAGCUUAAAACAUCUCAAAUCUUUGGUCAAACCGAAGAAGAUAUACAAACUGAUAUGUACAAAGUGCUGGAACAACUCACUGCACACGAAGACGCGUGGCCGUUCAUGGACCCAGUUGAAGAAGAGUAUGCUCCUAACUAUUACGCUGUCAUCCGACGCCCGAUGGACUUACGCAAAAUGGAGGAACGCCUGGAUAGUGGAUACUACACGGACUUUGCAAUGUUUAAAGCAGAUUUUAAACUUAUUGUGAACAACUGUCGAUUGUACAACGGACAAGAUAAUGAGUAUACUAUUAUGGUGGAUAGCUUACAAACUGCUUUCGAUCGGCUUACCGAAAAAUACAUGCAUCGACUUUCAUCCUCUGAUGAAGAAAUUGCUGUAGAGUACCAACUGCCUACUCCUUCAAGAAAGCAUAAAUUAAAACCUACUGAAUCACCUCCACGCCAGAGACAGAAAAAGCGUAAAUCUAAUUCUGAAUCAGUUGAACCUAAAUCCAGUACGUCAACUAGUAAACCUCCACAAGAAGAGAUUGAGGAGGAGGAAAAAGAAGAAGAGCCAAAACAAGAUGAACAGGCAGAAGAUGAAGAGCCAAAAGACGAUGGUAAAUCUAAAGAGGUAGAAAAAAGCAAGGAUUCUCACAAAAGCAAACAUGACAAGGGAAAGAAAAAACGUAAAGGCCAUCAUCGGCAUGGCAAACAUUCCAAAAACCACAGGAAGAAUUCUCAUAAAUCUCAUGAGUCAAAGAAACAUAGAAAACAAAGACAUGGGAAGAAUAAAGAUAAAAAAUCUAAAAAAAAGAAAAAUAAACACCAUGAUGUUGAACCACCCGUAGAAAUUAAAAGAAGCGAGUCACACGAAUCUUUAGAAAGUUCAAAUAGAAGUAGAAGUGCUAGCCCACUUCCCUCCAUACACACUCCUUCGCCGUCACCCACCGAGCUAGAUAGAUCUGAAUCCAAUGAUCAAUUGCCCGAUCCAGACUUUUUAAAAGACAAAUAUGACAAAAUAAAGGAAAGACGACGUCAUGCUGCAAAAGAUGCUUGGGAGUCACUGUUUGAUUAUAAACAAAAAGUAGAAAAACAAAAAAAUAGUUCCCAAGCACCGGAGAAAGAAAAGAAUCACAAACUUCGAGAAACAAUUGAAAAGUUAAAAGCUAAAAACGAAAAAUACAAGGAUUUUAAUAGUCUUUUUACACCAGGACGAUCAGAUGCCACUCCUAAUUACAAAAACAGGAAGCAUUCAAGGAAAGAUAUUGAAGAUGCUGGUAAAGACUCUUCUGAUGAUGAAAGCGUUGAAAGUGUCAAAGUAAAGCCCAAGAGACGCAAAAAGAGUACUGCCAAAAACGCUUCUGCUUCAGAAGCUUUGGAGCAAGCAGUCAAAGAUAUAAGUAAAUGGCUCAGUGAUGCUCCUAAAAGCUCUACUGUCAUUUCCCCAUGUGAUAGCCCGGCUCAGACCAUUUCUACAGAAGAUGCAGACAAUAGUCGCUUAGACGACGAGUCAUCCCAAGGAGAUAAGCCAAUUCUAUUAAGAAAAGAUCUAACGCGCAAGAGGCCAUCUUCUCGCGAACCGAAAAUAGUAAAGAGAAGGGAAAUACAAAGAACCAUUGAUAGAUUACAACCUGGCAAAAGCAAAGGCAAUCUGCUUACCAAUAUGAGCAACAAAAAUACAGAUAAAGCUGAAGAAGCGACCCCACUUGGACCUUCCAAAAGUACUCGUGACUCUAGUAAAGAAGAAGAAUGUAAGCUCAGUUUGGGUUCAGUUUUACCUACUGUGGAAUUUACUCUCGGAAAUGACCACAAUUUUAACAAUGACAACAAUAAAAGCGAUAAGCUAAAAGGAACCAAAAAAGUUGGUGAACCAAAAGACAAUAAGAAGGCCGAGCCAAUAACUGAAAGUAAACCGGAAGAAAAAACAGUAUAUCCAACCAAAAAAGACGCGGAGGUGGAAACAGAACCACAGACAAUUAUAAAACCUAGCCAAGAAAAGGCCACCCCAAAUCUGAGCGCCUGGUUUAAAGCUUUUGGAGCUCCCAAAACCACUAGUACUCCAAGUAACCCCAAAAAGAAGGUUGAAGAGACAGAAACUGAAGAGAAACCAGCAGAAAUUACAAACAAUGAAACUAAAACAAGCCCGAAGACUUCUGCUGUUAAAUAUGACUCUCCCAAUGACCUCAACUCGCCAAAUCCUGACGGCGGUGACAGUCCACUGCCGAGUGUGAUCGCAACCCCGCGCCAAAGAAGAACUAGUACGGGCAGUUCGAUUUCAGAGAGGUCAUCUUUCAGCCAAGAUUUAGACUCGCCAAGACAUCAAAUGUCAUUAACGUCACCUCUCCUUCAUUCGCCGGCUUCACCAAGGACAGACGACUUCCAAAAAAUUACAUAUCCCAUCAUUAAUGGUACAGUAAGAGCUGGAUUCUACCAGGAUACAACUUCGCUUAAAAGUAGCCCUGAAAAAAGUUGCAGCCCAAGAGACGCACCACAGUCUCCUUAUUCGCCAUACUCACAACAUGUAUACGCUUCUAACGGUGCCACAGGGUCGUCCACACCAAAUUAUUUCGUUGAUCACAACAAAAGUCCUCUGCCGACGUAUGGUCAAAAUGCUCCGCCUUACUACGACACUUCAAAAGCUCCCGUUGUCAGCAAGCCUGCCCGAGUCCACGAUGAUUACACGGCUUUAGGUCCAGAUUCAUUCCAACAAAACCAAUACAAUGGCCCAUUCUCACCAACGCCAUCACAGUAUUCUCCUGCGCAAACUAACUAUUCGCAGCCACAAGUAUCUCCUCAACGAGACGCCCCCGCAUCACAACCAACGAGCGCUCCGCAAAUAUUACCAGACCCGAAAACUACACUAUUUCCGGUCAAGAAACGAACUUACAACGAGCCUGAAAAUCCUCUCCCUGCGAAGAAAUCUGAAAAUAAUGAGGUUGUUACAUCGCCGGCCAAAACUGAAUACACAAAAACACCGCAACCUGUACAUCCAGCUUCAACUCAAUCUUCUACGUCAGUAGAUAAUAUAGCCUUGGCUUUGAGCGAAAAAUCAGAAGUACUUAAACUGAAUACAUUACGUGAGAAAAAUGUCACUAUUGAUUAUUCGGAAAGGCGUAAUGCAGAUACCAGAGACGGUAUUCCAUAUGAAAAUACUGAACUUGCUCAUGAUCACAAAAAAGAACCAAUAAAUCAUGUAGAUCUUACAAAGCCUGUGCCACCGAAAAGUGCCACCAAGAAAGACAAUAUUGAUAUGAUUAAUAUGGGCUACUUAAAUAACGAAGAUAGGAAAGCAGCGAAUGAAUCGCAUGACGUUGAAUUUGUAAGCAGAGAAACAAGGCCCAUCUUAAACCCACAGCAAAAAGGCUACGAGAUUGAAGCUAUAGCUAUAAACCUUGGCAUAAACAAUCAACAAUUGCCAAAACCAUUAACUAAACCACCCAUGAUUACAAGUAACAUGACACCAGCGCACAGUCACGCGCUCGACAGGCCUCACACUGAUAUCAGUAUUAGUAACCAGAAUAUACCACACGCUCAUCAUAACCACUAUGAUGCUCUGCCAACAGGGCAACCUAUGAACAGUUUUUCAUUAAAUGAUAUUGAGCUGGCAAAUAAAAAGUUAUAUGCCUGCAACACUUCCGCUACGCCGACCGCGAUCGACUACGGUAACUGGAAGAUGAAUUCUAUGCGAAAAUCUGACAUUAUGCCAUCAGAUUAUUCUUCUACUGGCAGCUAUAAUAAUACACCUACCAGUGAGAAUAAAUUAAAAGCAGUGGACGCUUCAUCAGCUACUGCCAUAAAUUAUAACAAAAAUGUUCAACAUCAGCAAUAUAACAACUUUAAUACCGUACCUCGAUCCAGCAUUCCGAGAAGUCAAGAGAUGCAACAAAAUCUACCGGCCGAAUUAAGGAUACCUAAUCCUCGUGGUAUACUUAAAAGCGAUCCAAUUGGAACGAAUACUUCGAUAAGUAAUUGCGAGACACUAACAAAAACUAUUGAUUCGAUUUCAAAAUCACAGAAAGAAAAACUUGCCCAAAAUCACCCAAUGGUAUCAUCAUUGCCAUACAAAACACCCUACAGUACGCACUCUAGUAUUCCCAUCGAAACUUUACGAAAUUUACCUAAUAUCCCUCAAAUGUUGGAGCGAUAUACUAAUGACGAAAGAUAUUUGUCAACUUUUGCAAACACUACUUCCUCGUUGUACCAUGACAAAACUUUCCAAAUGUUCAAUAAGACCAUGUCUUCGGAGGCACAUCCUACCAGCACAUCGGUGAGUUCCUUAUACUCUCAACCUUCGAUUGCUUCAAUGAGUAAAGAUAAUAAUAUUUACAAGAGCGCUGCAAGUAUUGCGAGUACGCAAAUGGAUGUUAAGCGAAACAAAAGGAAAAGGACGUCGGACGCCAAACCGUCGUCUAGUCAAAUCGGACAAUCAUAUCAUACUUCGACAUGCACCAGCGACGUUUUGACAUCUGUGAAGACUACUAUGAUUCCGGCGAGUCCGUUUAACUUCGGGACCGCCCCGAAUAUGACUCUGAGCGGGAUGUACGGCGACAACGGAGGAUUUACGAUCGAGGACAUCAGGAACAGCACGAAUCAACUGAUGGCCGCCAACUACAUGGCGGCUGCGGUGGCGCACCAGCAGAGAAGUCACUCGCAGGUCCGCGCGGGGUACCCGUUCGUGGGCGCGGAGCAGUCGUCGCCGCUGUACCAGCAGUACUGGCAGCGCUACCAGGAGGAGUUGCAGCGCCAGACCGGCGCGCAGAUCAUGGGCCUGUACCCCUCUGCCUACUCCGCGCCACUCGGCGUCCGCCAGCCGUACGACGCCAUCAAUAGACCUUCGUGGCUU